AGCUGUCAAACGAACGAAGCGCAUGUCAUUAGUUACACAAUUUAAUGUAAAAGUUGCCAAUGCCAAUUUUUCUAUCAUAGAAAAUCCAACUAUAAAACUAUUCAUUUCAAAUAGUUUAGUUAUCCAUUUAAAUUCGAUUAAAUUGUCUAAUUUGUGUUAGAUUUAGUUAAGUUUCCUGUUACAUACACAUACAUAUACAUAAACCAUGGAAGAAUACGCACGUGAGCCUUGCCCGUACCGCAUCGUCGACGACUGUGGUGGUGCAUUUGCGAUGGGUUGCAUUGGUGGUGGUGUUUUCCAAGCGAUAAAAGGCUUUCGAAAUGCUCCAUCUGGCUUUAGCAGAAGAAUGCUUGGCAGCUUAUCUGCGAUAAAACAACGAUCCCCUAUCAUCGCUGGAAAUUUUGCUGUGUGGGGAGGCAUGUUCAGUACAAUAGAUUGCACAUUAGUUCAUUUUCGAAAAAAAGAAGACCCGUGGAAUUCAAUAAUCAGCGGUGCAGCUACCGGUGGCAUUUUAGCAGCAAGAAAUGGUAUUCCUGCGAUGGCUGGCAGUGCUGUUAUUGGAGGCGUUCUAUUAGCAUUAAUUGAGGGUGUUGGCAUUUUGUUCACACGAUUAUCGGCCGAUCAAUUCAAAAAUCCACUGCCACCAACAGAAGAUCCGGCUGCAUUAGGCGACCCAUCACAACAACAAAAUAGCAGUAAUUCAGGUGCCGGUUUCUUUGGGCUCAGUCAACCGACGCAAUAUCAAUAAAUUUCACCAAUUUCUAGACAUCAUAAUCUAAUUGUAUUGUUGUGGAACUAAUCCAAUGUACAUUACAUUAACGCAUAAUAAACCAAAAAAAAAAAGUGAGAAAAUUGUUUCAAACGCGCAAAAAAAUAGCAAAAAAAAA